UGCGGAUGACAGGUGCAGAGCAGCUGCCGCUUGGGCUUUAAGGGUCUUGUACAGUUGUACGUGCCAACGCUGCUGUCGAAAUCCAAGUGUCCAACAGAGAUUUGCAAAUGGAUCCUGUUGUUCUUCCGGUUCAGUGCUUACACGGGAACGAAGAUGUGACUCUGAAGCCACGGUCUCACUCUCACAGAUUGGUACGCUGGAUGGCUUUGGUUCAGCACCAAAAGUGAGGACUUUCUUUCUUUCUUUCAUUUUUCAGUUGAGUAAGAUUGAUACAUGUGCCGAUCGACCUAACUCGUGGAGAGGAUGUUGGAUGUUUUGUGCUCCACAUUUCUCUUGUGCUGGGACGACGAUGACCCUCGAGUUUUCUAGCUUUUUUCGCCACACACGGGUCAGUGAUUUGGUCUUAAACCUCAAAAGCUCUGAAAUGCUGACGGCGACUCUUUACCAACCUUUCUUCAUCAAUCCAACGGCCACGAGGUGCCAUGCCACAUCGAUCCCUUGAAGGGAACAGUUUCCAGCAGUCGCGUGCAAAAUCGCCAUCCUGAUUGCCAGCAGAGUAGCCAUGUCAUCAACUGUCAAGAGGAGUAGGAUGCCAGCGCGGAUCUCCGGGUAGGGUUGUGUGCGGCCGUACCCGGAACUGAACAGCCCAACUGCUCCAGCUUUCAGUCUCUCUGACAGCACGGCUGAACCACCGCCGCGUCUUCCCUGGCUCCUCCGCUUCCCGCCAAGCGAAAGCGCCACCCGUGCUGGCCCCAUUGACGCCUUCGUCCUCAACAGGCUCCACUCCUUCCUUGCAACCAACCAUACUGCUAGUAUUGCCUGCACCUCAUCAUUGACUGGCCAGUUGUGUUUCUGCUUCCUGCUCGGCUUCCUUGCUCCUGUCAUUGUGUCUUGGCUGAUGGGCUAGCAAUGCAUCCCUAUGGUGCCUGAAGAAUUGCACAGCCUGAUCAACCAGGAACUGGAAAAGGUUAAGCUGACACUGUUGCUUCCAGGAAUGUUGUUGCUGAUUGUUUUCACACAAGGGAGGAGCUGAAGAAGCAGGCAACAGGCAUCAAGGGAACAAUGGCUGAAAUGGAAGAAGCUCUGAGAUCCUGCAUGGAGCGGCUGGUCAUUGUCCGAGAAGAGCGGGAGCAGGUCUUCGUGGAGGCGGCCAACGAGAUAUCGUCGGAGAAGAAGAAAGUGCGCGAGCUCCAGCAGAAGCUGGGGGACGCGAACAAGAAGGCCGCGAAGCUCGCCGCCGAGAACAGCAGCCUCCGCAAGGCUGUCGACGCCAAGGACGCGCUGAUCGUGGAGCUGCGGGAGUCCGAGGCGGCCGCGGGCGGCAAGCUCGCCGACGCGACGGCGAGGCUGGAGUCGGCGCAGAAGCAGGCCGGGUCGCUGCAGUACGAGGUGCGCAUGCUGCAGAAGGAGCUGGAGGUCCGGGGCCAGGAGCGGGAGUACGACCUCAAGUCCGUCGACGCCGCGCGCCGGCACCAGGAGGAGCACCUGAAGCGGAUCGCGCAGCUGGAGGCCGAGUGCCAGCGGCUGCGCGGCAUGGUCCGCAAGCGGCUGCCCGGGCCGGCGGCGAUCGCCAAGAUGAGGGACGAGGUCGAGCAGCAGACCCCCACCGCCAGCCCGAGGCGGCCGCGCCCCGCGACGCCCUCCUCGCCGCGGUCGGCCGCGCCGUUCUCGCCGCGGACGCUGUCGCCGUCGCCGUCGCCUCGGCGCUCGGUGUCGGACGCCGAGGGCUACGCGUUCAAGCUCCGCGCCGUCGAGGACGAGAACAGGGCGCUGAAGCAGGCGCUCGCCAAGAGGGAGAGCGAGCUGCAGUUCGUGCAGAUGAAGUACGCCGACGAGGCCUGCAAGCUGACGGUGAUGCAGAGGCAGCUCAAGGAGCUGACAGAGGAGAACAAGCAGCUGAGUGAUGCUAACUGUCAAUCCACGUCUUGGGCCUCUGCUCUGAUUUCUGAACUGGAGCAGUUCAGGGCUGCUAGCCAGAACGGUGCAUCCAUCAUGGCAUCAUCUGAGAUGAACUUGCUCCAUGAUUUUGCUGAGAUUGAGAAAAUGAAGAUGGCAUCAGGUGAUCUAAAUGGAAAUGCGCCACUGGCAUCUCUGAAGAAGGCUGAUACGACAUCGGUAAAGACACAGAAAUGUGACAAUGACCCUGUCGUGAAUGGUACCAUCCCCAAUGGCCAUCCUGAAAGAUUUCAUGAUAUUUGGAAUCUGGUAGGGCAUAAGCAUGAAACAAGUGGAGAAAAUAUUGAAACCAUUCUUGAUGAGAUUCAGAAGGCAAUCUCUAACAAGAGAGAAGAUUCAGAGUUACUGUAUGAUCGAUCUGAAAUUGAGAACAGUGUGAGAGAUCUGAUUGAGAAAAUCACUUCCAUGAUUGGCACAUCUGCAGGGGAUAAUGUUGCAAGACCAGGACCACUGUCACAUGACAAGUCUGAACUUUGCAGUCGCCUUGAGCACCUGGUUCAGGUGUGUCAUGAUCUACUACAUGGGGAAGCUAAACUUGAAAAGUUCAUUGACGAGGUUUGUCUGAUGCUGAAGUACAUUGUGGGGCAAUACUUAUCGAACCAAGAUCUAGGUGACAACGGGGAUAGUGAUGAAAAGAAUUUUGAUGAGGAUAAGUCAACAGGUACAGUCAACACAGAAAGUACUCAGGACAUCCAAAGUGCAAAAACAGCAGAAGCUCUAGAUAUUCAGAAAGAAGCGCAGGAAGGACCAAACCAGUCAGAUGAAGACCAUGUAGCCAGUGAUCAAGAGCAGCUGGAUGAAGAACUCGCACAAGUUGUACUUGCUCAGGAUCAGGAUGAUAAUAUCCUGCCGGGUAGAAAAUCAGCCUGCUGUGAUGAGAUAGAAAGUCUUGCUGAGGCAAGUGUGCAACAUUGGGCAGCUCAAGAGGAAAGCCAUUUGGUAACAGACUCAGAAAUCCUCGCAGCAGCUGACAAGCUCGCCGAGUGCCAGGAGACGAUCACGAUCCUAAGCAAGCAGCUGCAGGCUCUGAAGAUCUCAGCAACUUCGUCAGGUCCUCUCGACGGCUCCAUCUUCAACCCCAGGCCGAGCUCGGCCAAGUCCGACUACAAGCCGCAGACGCUCGCGAGCAUCCUCGCCGAGGAGUUCGCCGCCUACGCCGAGGGCUCCAGGUCUCCGGCUACACCGCCGACGAGGAGCACGGCACUGGAGCAGAACAACGCUGGCGCUGACGACAAGGAUGCGAUGCAGAUCGUCGUCCAUCCGUCGUUCGCCGCCGAGCCGCGGCAGGAAGACGACGCUUCCGCUGAUCCGAAGAGGAAGAAGAAGCGGGGUCAGAGCCUCCUGGGCAGGAUCAUGUUCAGGAAGAGAGUGGAAGGCAGCUCCUAGGCUGACCGCGCCGAAGCUGAAUCCACAUGGUGGGUACACUCUGCAACCUGCAGCUGCUGUGCCAUGGAUCCAAGAAGUACUGCUACGUUAUGAUCAGUGAUUUUGGGCGUGUUCUGUUCAACCAUUCCUUGAAUUUCCUGCUCCCCGAGAGCCAUCUUUUUGGCCAUGCAUUCUGCUUCAGAGGCGGAUGCUGAUGGCAACAGGCUCCGGCACAUGGUGUGAGCUACGUAUCUGCCUUUUUCGUCGUGGCGUACAUGGACGGAAUUUCUUUGUGUAUUUAUGAACCUCAUGGUUGAUGCGAGUAUUAAUUUAUCGAAGGCGAAUUCGUUCC